UAACCUCACUAAGUGCACGAGGAAGCCAGAGUACCUGGAGAAAACCCACGCAGACAUGUGGAGAAUAUUCAAACUUCACACAGAAAGGUCUCAGCCAGAUGGCGGGUUUCAACCCAGGACCUUCUUCCAGUAAGCUUAUAAGAAUAUGGAUCAACAAGAAGUUUCAUGUUGAGAUGAAAAUUUGCCCGUUAGAAAGGAGGUUUAAAACUCUCAGCACUUUAAAGUAAAGUUUUUUCAGUUGUAACUCCGUCCCACCAAGAGACCGGCUCAUUCUGCCUGACAGAGAGCUCAACUCCAACACUCUGAUACUAAGCUGAAGUGAUUAAGAAGAAAACCAAUGGGAGACUAUGAUGAAGAUACAGCAUUCCUUGGACAAAGUGGUCCUUACUUCUGGACCACAUUCUUUCUCCUGAAUGCUCUUUUUGUGUCAACUGGAUUUAAUGGGCUUUACAUUGUCUUUGUUGGAGCAGCCCCGAAACACUCCUGUCUGAUUCCAGAAGUCAACCUAACUGAGGAGUGGAGAAAUGCCAUCAUUCCCAUUACAAUAGUGGAUGGUGAAGAAGUUCAGAGCCAGUGCAGCAGAUAUAAGUUGGAUGUGGUCAGAAAUCUCUCUGCAGAAGGAUAUAUUCCUGGAAGGGAUGUUAAUCUGACAAACCUGGAGCAGGAGGGAUGCUUAAAUGGAUGGAACUACAGCAAAGAUAUUUACCAAUCCACCAUAGUCACCGAGUGGGAUCUUGUUUGUGACAACCAAUGGAAAGUUCCAUUUGCAUCCUCGACUCUCUUUGUGGGAUACCUUGUUGGGUCGCUAAUCUCAGGACAGCUUUCAGACAGGUUUGGGAGGAAAAAGGUUGUUUUUAUGUCUCUUGGGGUCCAGUGUCUCUCCGUCCUGCUUCAGUCCUUUUCUCAUUCAUGGAGGAUGUUCUGCAUCAUGUACCUCUGGGUUGGAGCCUCUCAGAUAUCCCUCUACAUUUCUGCAUUUGUACUAGGAACUGAGGUUUUGAGUAAAACUAUGCGUGUGCUGUUCACAACUCUCGGAGCCUUCCUUUUCUAUUGCAUUGGUUACAUGAUACUUCCUUGGAUUGCAUACGGCAUCAGAGAAUGGAGAACUCUGCUUGCAGUUCUGUCAGCAACUCCUCUGAUGAACAUUCCCCUGUGGUGGUUCAUCCCGGAGUCUCCUCGAUGGCUGAUCACUCAGGGGAGAGUGAAAGAGGCAGAGGCCAUUGUCAGACAUGCUGCAAUUAAAAAUAAAAUUGAAGCACCACCUGUAAUCUUUAAAGAAUCUGAGGACUUGCCUGUCUGCAAGACAUAUACCAUGCUUGAUAUUCUGAAAUCCAAGAACCUGAGAUGUAUCACACUGAUGUGUCUCCUUUUAUGGAUGGCAAUAAACAUUGGGUAUUUUGGUUUAUCACUGAACACCUCCAACCUCAGUGGCAACCCCUUUGUGAACUGUUUUUUAUCUGCUACAACUGAAGUUCCUGCCUACAUUGUUUCUACAUGGCUGCUUAAAGCAUGUCCGAGAAGAGCGCUUCUUUCAUUGUUCCUCAUCAUUGGAGGAGGAGUUCUCCUGCUCAUCCAGUUCAUCCCUGACACCUUUCACCAUGUUGCUCUGGCAUUGGAAAUGACUGGAAAGUUUGGCUUCACCAUGGCCUUCAGCAUUGUGUACAUCUACACUGCUGAGAUUUACCCCACUGUACUCAGGAACAUUGGCAUGGGGAUGUGCUCCUCAGCUGCACGUGUUGGCAGUAUCACAGCACCUUAUGUCAUUUUUUUAGGUACGUAUAAUAAAGUUCUGCCUUAUAUUUUAAUGGGAAGUCUCACAAUCGCCUCCUCCGUGGUCAACUUCUUCCUUCCAGAGACCCUCCAUAAAGAUCUUCCAGAAACUGUCGAGCAGAUGCAAGAAUGUCAGAGGUUUUGCAGUGGGCCAAAAAAGAAGAAACAUGUAAAAAAUGGAGCAAUGGCUAACCUGCCCAUACCAUGUGAGGCCCAUUCUGAUGGGCAAACUCUCACGCUUUAGUUUCUUUGACAUUAAGUGUCUCUUGCUUCAAAGUGACCGUCUGAAAUCUGAAAAUAAAAUCCCACAAACACAUGAAGACUUCUUUUGGGUUUAACUUUUCUUUUAAUCAUUUAAUGUGAAUUAAAGAAUUCCUUUAAGGUAUUUGGAAAUAUUACAAACAAAAACAUCAUUCAGUUUUUUGUAUGGAAGUGAGUGGUCACAUGGCACAAGUAAAGAAAAAAGUAACAUGAACGCUAUUAGCACACAGUCCAGGUUUUUGUCUUGUAAUAGUUUUAACAUCCUAAUGUAACAUUGUUGUCUGUGUGAUUUUAUAUUGCUGCUAGCUAUAGAAAAUUAUUGUUUUGCUGUACUAAAGAAGGAAAUGCUUCAGUCAGCAGGUCUUAGGCUUAGUUAAUAUAAAAACCGGAAACUCAUUGGAAUAGUUUGUGUGACUCUGUCCAAAGGUAGCAAACUUCACCUAUCACCAUAUCUGAAGCUUACUAAUUAACUUUUAAUAUCUUGUUUGUUUAAGAGUAAAGAGCAAAGAGUUAUGGGUUGCCCCAACCCCCAAAUAUUGAAAUGGUGAAACUUGAAAGCUUUCACAUGUUACAAAUCUUUAAUUUUGAAUCAGUGCACGAGAUGGGAUUAGAUUAUAUGUUUUGUU